AUGUCGUCUGCCGGCUCUCUCAAGAUCUUUGGCUCCUCUUCCGCCGCAUCCUCCGUCCUUCCUACCACUGCUGCGCGAACAGCAUUCGCAUCCACCCCGCGAUCAUUUCCUCGACCCGUAGCUGCUAAACUCGUCCAGCGCCGCAACAUGGCCUCCCAGCAGAUCCCCAAGAUCAAGGUCAAGAACCCCGUCGUGGAGCUCGAUGGCGAUGAGAUGACCAGGAUCAUCUGGAAAGAUAUCAAGACCAAGUUCAUUCAUCCAUACCUCGACAUUGAUCUGAAGUACUACGACCUGGGACUGGAGAAGAGAGAUGAGACAAACGACCAGAUCACCAUCGAUGCCGCGAAUGCGAUCAAGGAGCACAGCGUCGGUGUCAAAUGCGCGACCAUCACUCCGGAUGAGGCCCGUGUGGAAGAGUUCAAGCUGAAGAAGAUGUGGCUAAGUCCAAACGGCACAAUCAGGAACAUACUAGGAGGCACAGUCUUCAGAGAACCUAUCGUUAUUCCUAAGAUACCGAGAUUGGUGCCAGGUUGGAAGAAGCCAAUCGUUAUUGGCCGUCACGCACACGGCGACCAAUACCGUGCACAGAACACCGUAUUCGACAAGCCCGGCUUGCUCGAGAUGGUCUUCACCCCCGAGGGCGGCGAGCCGGAGAGGAUCGAGGUCUUCAAGUUCACGGACAAGCACCAGGGUGGUGUCGGAAUGACCAUGUACAACACCUCUGAGAGUAUUUCCGGCUUUGCACAUGCUUCGUUCAAGCACGCACUUUCCCUCGGCUAUCCAAUGUACAUGACCACCAAGAACACCAUCCUGAAGAAAUACGACGGCAGAUUCAAGGACAUCUUCCAGGAGAUCUAUGAGAAGGACUACCGCAAGGAGUUCGAGGCAAAGGGUCUUUGGUACGAGCACCGCCUGAUUGACGACAUGGUUGCUCAGAUGAUCAAGAACGAGGGCGGCAUGCUCAUUGCCAUGAAAAGUAAGAACCUACCGUUCGAGAUGGAUGUUGGCGCUCUACUGAUUUUUUCCCAGACUACGACGGAGACGUGCAAUCUGACAUUGUCGCUCAGGGCUUCGGCUCCCUUGGCCUGAUGACCUCAGUCUUGGUCACUCCCGACGGCAAGACAUUCGAAUCCGAAGCAGCACACGGAACGGUCACCCGCCACUACCGUGAACACCAGAAGGGCAACCCAACCUCGACGAACCCCAUCGCCUCCAUCUUCGCCUGGACCCGUGGCUUGGCAAAGCGCGGCGAGCUCGACGAUACCCCCGAGCUGGUCAAGUUUGCCGAGAGCUUGGAGGAAGCGUGCGUCCACGUCGUCGACCAGCAAGGCAUCAUGACCAAGGACCUCGCCAUCAGCUGUGGCAAGAAGGACGACUACGUCACCACCACGGAGUACCUGGACGCAGUCGAGAAGAGAAUGCGGGCGGUCCUGAGUUCCAAGUUGUAA